AUGGAGAGCGCCAGCCAGGGUAGGCCAAGGCAGGCCGGGCCGGGGAGAGGGCCGCCUCCGCCGCCUCCUCCCCCUGGGAAGGCCGCGCUGGGGCGGGAGGAGGCCAGGCCCCGGGGCGGGACGCAUCCUGCCUCCGGCCCGCUCUCGGCUUCCUCUAGGGCGGCACCGCUUCGGGCUGAAGGGGGGCGGCAGGUGGGGCGGGGCCUGGCAAGCGAGCGCAUCCCUAGCCUGUCGGGGAUGAGGCUUCUGGGCCAUGGAAGUGGACAGAGCCCUGCACGGAGAAAGCUAGUAUGUCGAGGGGGAGGUUUCUAGACUGUAUAAGCGAAGAGGUUCCUGAAUGUAGAAAGCUAGCCUGUCAGGGAUGAGGCUUCUGGGCCAUGUAAGUAGGCAGAGCCCUGUAUGUAGAAAGCCAGCGUAUCGGGGAGACGGUUUCUAGGCUGUGUAAGUGGACAGAUUCCUGCAUGUGGAAAGGUAACUUAUAGGGGUAGGAUUUUAGCCCGUAUAUAAGUAGGCAAAGCUUCUAGGCUAAGUGAAGAGAUUCCUUCAUGUAGAAAGCUAGCCUGUCAGGGAUGAGGCUUCUGGGCCAUGUAAGUAGGCAGAGCCCUGUAUGUAGAAAGCCAGCGUAUCGGGGAGAUGGUUUCUAGGCUGUGUAAGUGGACAGAUUCCUGCAUGUGGAAAGGUGGUAUAUUGUGAAGAAGGCUUCUAGGCCAGCUUACUCUGGCCUAGAUCUCUGACAUUAGAUUUCUGUGUGCAGGAGUUUUGAAAACCACUUGAAGGUUUUGUUUUGUUUUACGAUCAUGGAGUGCUUAAAUUUUAUGAAAUGGGCAAAAAUGAUUUUCUCCCCCCCCCCUUUUGUUUGUAUUGUGGAACAACGUGAGUUUCGGUGUGCAGGCAUGUUAUGUGGGAGCCUUUUCAGUGGCGGCCCCAUGAUUUUGGUAUACCCUUCCUGGUGCCAAUAGCCUCCUCCCUUGCGAGCUUUUAAAUGGGGAUUGAGCAUCUGUUUGUUUUGGGGGAGUGGCCUUUGAGAGCAGAUGCUGGGGUUUCAGCUGGCUGGAGAGUUUGUAAGGUCAUAGCUGGUGCUGGGGUUUUUCCUAGGCUGAUUAGGGUGAUUCUUGUAAUUAACUAUGUAUUACUUUUAAGCUGGCAGGGAAGUUGUCUUAAGUAGCAGCUACCCUAAAUAUAGUCCACAGUUUAUUAUUAUUAUUAUUAUUAUUAUUAUUAUUUUAUUUAUUAAAUAAAAAUAAGACCACCUUGAAGUUGAGAACUAGGCCUGGAUCUAAAUCCAGUGCAGCAGGAAUGUUUGCUUUUGAGGUGGGUUGGGUUAGGGUGCGCCACAUGGAGAGUGAGUGGGAAGGGGAUUAUUAAGAAAGGAAGGUGUUUACAUGCAAGAGUUGUUUCUGUGUAGGCCCAGCUGAGGGAAGAAGUUGGUGGAUCAGAGAGCUUACAUAGGUCUCCUCUCCUCUUUUAAUCCCCACAACAAGCCUGUGAGGUAGGUCAAGUUCAGAGGCAACAGCUGGCCCAAGCACACUCAGUGGGGGUUGAGGCGGAGUGAGGAUUUGAACCAUAGCUGUCAAUGCUUCCCUUUUUUAAAGGGAAAUUCCCUUAUUCUCAAUAGGAUUCAUUGCAAGAAAAGGGAAAAGUUGACAGCUAUGAUUUGAACCCUGGUUGGAUGGGCAUGAUGGUUGAAUUUAGGUGGGCAGGGCAUAUGGAUUGCUGAGUGAUCAUGGGAGUCAGGAGACUCAAAAUGUUAAGCUUGGUCUUUGAUUCUGCACUACCCCUUACGCAGGGAGCCUCAAGGAUUUGAUCAGGGGGCUAGGUGGGGAGGACCUGUGGUGGAAUUCCAGGAGGCUGAAUGCAGAGCUCAAGAAUCUGAGCUACCCACCAUCCUUUUAAGUGGGUUAGCUUGAGAUCAAAGAGUUAUAGCUUUGAGCUUCAGUAGAUUCCCUGCUUUCAUUUUUCUUGAGAGGUUUGCCUUUGAUGCUUACCAGCAAAGAAUGAUAGCAUACGGUCUGUGCGAUUCUCCUCUGUUUUUCAAGCAGCUGCAUUAAUUUCUAACGUGCUUAUGUAGGCUCUCGACUCCCGUCUGCUGUGAGCAGUAACACACAGUCGUGUGUGUAGUGAUGCUUUGUUUGCUAAACUAACCUUUUGCCUGCUCCUUUGUGUCUUUGAAAGUGCAGCUGCUGUCUUAUCUGCAGGGCUUUUGAGGGGUAAAGACAGCAAGAGUACUUCUUUUUAUGCUGAAAAGUGGUCAGCUUGCAAUUUCUAGAGCUGGGAUGGGAGCCUGGGGCCCUAGACCCAAACUUCUCAUCUGCCCCUUGCUGUCUGGAGCAGAUCUGGAGGGCCCCAGCUCAGGUGCCCCACCCCUUGCCCUAGAGGGUGUCAUCGCAAUUGCUGAAGAGUAACGUAAUUCGGGACGUGGGUGGCGCUGUGGGUUAAACCACAGAGCCCAGGGCUUGCCGAUCAAAAGGUCGGCAGUUCGAAUCCCCGCGACGGGCUGAGCUCCUGUUGCUCGGUUCCUGCUCCUGCCAACCUAGCAGUUCGAAAGCACGUCAAAGUGCAAGUAGAUAAAUAGGUACCACUCCAGCGGGAAGGUAAACGGCGUUUCUGUGCGCUGCUCUGGUUCGCCAGAAGCGGCUUAGUCAUGCUGGCCACAUGACCCGGAAGCUGUACGCCGGCUCCUUCGGCCAGUAAAGCGAGAUGAGCGUCGCAACCCCAGAGUCGGCCAUGACUGGACCUAAUGGUCAGGGGUCCCUUUACCUUAACGUAAUUCAGCAGAAUUGGAAAAGCUCCUGAAGCUGGCCUUUGUGGGAAACGGUUAGGGCUUGUACAGCGAGGUCAUAUUGCAUUAGCUUCAUUUAUUCAUGUCUUGCACUUCCAUCCCUCUAAGCAAGCAGCAAGGUGAUUUAUAGCCUUGCAGCAAAACAAUGAGGUAAGCUCGGCGUAGAGAUAGCAACUUAGGAAGCUUCUCCUCCAUGAACUUUGGAACAUAGUGUGGAUUUCGGCUUUUCUGCCUCGUAUAUAUCACACUUCCUCUACCCUGCCCCAAGCUCAUGUUCAGCAAGCAACUAGAGACCUUUCUGUUUACCCCACCCUUUUGGGCUCGGAGGAGCUCCUCUGCCAGUGACUGUCAGCAUAAUAUCACUCCUGAGGCAGCAAGGCCACCAAAUCCCUUGGCACACUUCCAAUAUAGAUUACAAGAAGCAAGGCAACCCAUUGUGGUCUUAAUAGGCCCACCCCUUCGUUUUCCAGGGGGGAAUGAGAAUAAUAGGAGGAUGUGUGCAGUAUAGAUGCGGUCUUCAGAAUGCCAGUACUAGCGUUGGCUCCCUGUCAAGGGUAUGGAAGGGUAAGGACUGUAGUUUAUGGAUCUGUCCUGAGCACAGAAGGUCCCAGGUUCAAAUCCUGUCAUCUCCAGGUAGGGCUGGCAGAGACCCCUUUCUGAAACUGGAGAGCUGCUGCCAGUCAGUGUAGACAAUACUAAGGUAGAUGGCCUUGAUAAUAAAAAGGCAAGUCCUUAUGUAUGCUCUGGCAAACCUGGGUUUGUCGCUGGGUUACUGUGCGAGGCAGCCUUGAGUUACCUGCUCUCCCUGCAAGGAGAAUGACAAAAUCGCUAGAUUGCCAUCCCCGAACGUGUCAGCUGGAGGGGAAGGGAAGAGGCCAUGUCUCCAGGGACAGCAGACGGUGCACAGUUGUUGUUGUGGAUGCAGCUUGUGAGAAGCUGCUUCUCUGGAGCUCUUGAUAAUGCAAAUAUGCUUCUGCGGGUCUCUUGGGCAGGACCUGAUUUAGAACAGUCUGUUCCUCUUUUCCCUCUUCUCCUUCGCCGUAUAGAGGGGCGCCUGCAAGACUAACAUGCUCUGCCUUUUAGCUGCUUAUCCUUUCCCCCCUGGUUUGCUUCUUGUCCAUGACAGAUAUCAACCUUAACUCUCCCAACAAAGGUCUGUUGUCGGAUACUAUGACAGAUGUGCCUGUGGAUAACACGAGUGCUGCCGCCACCGCUGCUCCUCCUGCAAGGGCCUCGGCCUACAAUGGGCUCACAGAAGCGGAGGAAGAGGAGCUAAGGGCCGAGCUGGUCAAGGUAAAGGAGGCUGCCUUCACACUCUGCUUUUCUCCAUGCUGUGCUCUGUUGCUGUGGUACCAGGGAGACCAGAUAAUUCUUCCUCUGUAGCUCUAAAGAGCUCAGACUUAGAAAGCUCACAGAACAGAAUUUCUAAAGUGCCUGGUGUAACCUUGUAGUUCCCUCUUUUGUAGACAUGUUCCUUCAGAGCAGUUUUUACUCAAACCUGGGUCUCCAGCUGUUGUUGGACUACAACUCCCAUCAUCCUUGGCUAUCACCAGUGGUCAGGGAUAAUGGAAGUUGUAGUCCAACAGCAGCCGGAGACCCAAGUUUGAGGAAACACUGCUUUAGAGUUUUAGAUAAUAUUGUGGCAUUUGAAGGCGCUAUUAUGUGAACAGUCGCAUUACCUGGGAAUUCAAAUAUUCCUUUAGUACAUUUUUGUCUUGCCCUUCCUCUGAGAAGCUGAGGGUGGCAGAUGUGGUCUCCACAACGUUUAUCCUCAGAACAACUCUGUGAGUUGUUAGGGUGACACACUAGCCCAAGAUUACCCAGUGAGCUUCAUGGCUAUCUCUCUGGGGAUGUAAAACUUUCCCCAUUCCAGUUCCAACACUGCACUGUUCUUUGGCAGUAGGUCUUCUCUGUAAUACUGGUCUUGCUCAUGGUUUUCUAAAACUGUUGUUCAAACCCUGCUCCUUAGGAAUCCUGUGGUUGCUUAGUAAAGAAAGGUGGCUGAAUACUUUCCUUUUUAAAAACCCUUUUCUUUGGCACAUUCUAGGCGUGCACUUAGCUUCUGUGGGAUAGUGUUAAAGUCUAGCAUGCAGGACUCUGGCCAGACCUAAGCUGAGAUGGUAUGUCCCGAAACGUGCCCAAGAACCUUUUGCAACACACACAGUCCUCUGUAGAUAAAUAACCGUGGAUUUCCUUGAGGACUGGAAGCAAAUCACUGAUAUGUCAGGUCCACUGUUCACACAUUGCAACACUUUGAUAUUUUCUCUUCCUCCUGAUUGGGCUUCAUACCACAAAUUGGCCUGCAUGUGAAACUUGACUGCGGAAACAGAGAGCUGUGUUCAUACAAACACAUCCAUCAGGAAUGUUGCUGUGUCAGGUCUCCCUUAAAGCUGAUGUGCUGGGGAAACUCCCUAAUCAAUUAUAUUCUUUGUACAAGGGCUGAUAUCACUUCUAUGCAGUCUACUUUUUUAAAUCAGAAACUGCAUGGUCUAAACUCACAAAAGUAAAAUCACAUGCCCAUAAUACUUAGGCAGUUAAGGAACAACCAAUCUGUAGGAAGUGGCCCUGAGUUCUUCACGUGUACACAAAGAGUGUUUGCAGAAUCAGAUCAAGGUCCAGCUAGUACAGUGUUCUGGCAAGAAUCCCAGAAACCAUCAGCUGUUAGGCGGCCCACUGUGGCCUACUUUCUGGCCAUUUCUGCUCCAGAACAGGGUUUCCCAAACUUGGGUAUACAGCUGUUUUUGGACUACAAGUCCCAUCUUCCCUAGCUAGCAGGACCAGUCGGGGAUGAUGGGAAUUGUAAUUCCAAAACAGCCGAGACCCAAGUCAGGGGAACAGUGCUCUAGAUAAAUAAUCUUCGGUCUUCUGGGGAGCUGCCUUUAGCCCGACCUACUUCUUAAUUUUGUGAAGUAUUUGUAUGUUGGCAGCACCACUGCUGCCUCACACGUUACAACAGGCUACAACCCAGUUGUGGCCACAGCCCACUAUUUGCAGAACAAAGCUUAAGCUGUUUAGCGCAAUAAGCAGUUAUGUUGAUUAAUACGUUUAAAAUGCUUUGUGGUCCAUGUCUUGCUUGCCUCUUCUCUUGGAGGCCAGGACGUCACGGCUCACCUUCCAUGCUGAAUCGUUAGGUACCUGCUCCUGCAACAUUCGGGUCUCUAACCCAGAUACCUCUCCUCUUUUUUUUUGCAGGUGGAAGAGGAGAUAGGCACCCUGCGCCAAGUAUUGGCUGCCAAAGAGAGACACUGUGGGGAGCUGAAGAGAAAGCUGGGCCUGACCCCUUUGGAUGGCCUGAAGCAAAACCUCUCAAAGAGCUGGCAUGAUGUCCAGGUCUCCACUGCGUAGGUGUUGCCUAGGGUGAUUUUUCCACCAUAACCUGCAGAAUUAGACGUGGUGUUCUAUUGGGGCUUGAUCCAACAGAAAAGAGAAGUCCUAUCUUUGAGCUUUUAUCCUUUGAGAUCCUGAGGCAGUAAAUCUUCCUUUCCCAUAGCAGUGGGGGACCUCUGGUCUAGGAGACUUAUCCCCAAACCACAGCCACAACCGAUAACACACGUGACAGGGCUGCCAGUGCGCAGCCUUAAAGUGCUCCCAGUUGUGUAUUGGCAAGCAAGGCUUGCUAUCACCACCGAUCAGUGGAGCAAGCCAGCUGGGAUUGGCUGCUUGGAGGAGUUGGCAAAGAGCCGUGGUGCUCUUUGUAAUCUCCUUGCUCCUGCCCAAGAGGCCCUGCUCAGUUCUUUGAAGGACUGAGCACCAGCUGAUCGGCAGCGCUCCAAAGCACCACGCAGGGCUCCUUGCGUGGCCUGCCCAGCGCUCUGAAGCUGCAACAGUUGUUGGAACGUCAAAGCGUCCCCUCACCUGACCCCAUGCCCACCUCUCAGAUCUGACCCAUGAAGGGUAGGGGAGAUAAGGAUCUGGCUCCCAAGAGUCAGAACCACUUCUUCACACUUGCUUUACAGGGAAGGAGACUUGAAGGAUGCCUACAUGGAGCUCCCAUUGCCAGUUACGUCAUAUAGAGGGUGCCCGCUAGGCCACUGAGCACCCAGCUUAUUUGUGAUGGCUGUGGAAUCAUAGAAUUGAAGACUUGGAAGGGACCCUGAGGGUCAUCCAGUCCAACCCCCUGCAAUGCAGGAAUAUGCAGCUGCCCCAUACGGGGAUCGAACCUGCAACCUUGGCGUUAUCAGCACCACACUCUAACCAACUGAGCUAUCUAGGCUUGGUGCUUCUUUGGAUCACAGUCUGGGCUUCUAAUUGCCUUGUUGACUUAAGUCAAAACCCUCCUUGCCAAGAUCUCUGCUUGCCUGAGCAACAGCUGUAGCUGCUUUGCAGUGCACACCCCAAUCCGUUCAUGCCAUGCAACACCUUUAAUUUAAUUUUAUAAUUCCAAAUCACAAUCUCUUCCCAAAGGCAUCUGAGGAACUGUAUGCAUGUAUCAAAGCUACAAAUACACUCUAGCUCCCCAUCCCAGGAUGCUGUGAAUCUCGCACGCUGCUUCAUUUUUUCUCUGACAGGAGUGUUGCCAAGACCCAUCUCUCAGGCUGGGUCAAUAUUUCAUCACCUGCCUCUUGGAUGUUGGGUUUUCUCCUCUCUUGAAACUAUUUUGACCCCAGCUUUCAAAAGUGUGAUUGACCCCCAGGUUUUUGUUUCUAGUUAUAUGAAAACCUCUGAGAAACUUGGAGAGUGGAAUGAGAAACUGACCCGAUCGGACCUGUGAGUUCCUCUCCCGCCUUACAAGCACCAACUCCCUCUUCCUUGCUCUUUUCCUCUGACUCAUUCUACCCCUUCACUUUGGUCCCAGAGGAAGCUGGCUGUGUGCUUGGGAUGUUGGAGGAGCAACUUCUGGGCCUUUCGCUUAUUAACGUCAAAACUCCAUUCUUUUGCCCAUAAACAUUUUUUGUCCCCGUUCAAGAUUAAGCUCAUCUUGCUGGCUUCUAUGACAUUUCCUUGCAUAGAGAAAGGAAAAUUCCAAUCAGUUACCAGGCCACAUUGAAACAUUGCAGAAGUCCAGCUGGGAAUUGGCUACGUUAAUUUAGCAUCACUCCUGUACAUGGCAAAAGGGAGGUUUUACCAUUUCAGAUUCUGAUGCUCACAUGCAGACCAUGGACAAAGGAGAGUGGGAAAUGUGAAGGCUGGGUGUUAGCAAAUGCAGUUUCGUAACUUUUGGUUUUAGCUUUCGGCUGGAACCAUCGGGUGGUAUAAGUUUUAUGCAGAGUAGGCUCGUUAAAAUUAAUGACUAAGUAAGGUGGCGCUGUGGGUUAAAUCACAGAGCCUCUUGAGAUUGCCAAUCGGAAGGUGGGCGGUCUGAAUCCCCGCGACGGGGUGAGCUCCCGUUGCUCGGUCCAUGCUCCUGCCAACCUAGCAGUUCGAAAGCACAAAGUGCAAGUUGAUAAAUAGGUACCGCUCCGGCAGGAAGGUAAACGGCGUUUCCGUGUGCUGCUCUGGUUCGCCAAAGCAGCUUAGUCAUGCUGGCCACAUGACCUGGAGGCUGUAUGCUGGCUCCCUUGGCCAAUAAAGCGAGAUGAGCACCGCAACCCCAGAGGAGUCCGCGACUGGACCUAAUGGUCAGGGGUCCCUUUACCUGUAAGGUCUAUUAAUUUCAGUGACUAUACUCUGAAUUAAACUUUGUUGAAUACCUCUAUGUUCCAUGGCUACAAAGUGUUGUUGAAAGGUGGAGAUCAGCAGUGGGAAAGGUUGCUCAACUCUUGCCCGUUGCUUUCCCCCUGCAAACACUUGUGGGCAGCAAGGAAGGGUUCUUCACCCUGGCUCCCUGCUUCUUGACUGGGGACCUCUUCUUCUGGAGGCUGCUUUGCAAAGGAGAAAUGGUGCCUUGGGUUUCACUAUGUGAGGUGGCCACAGAAGGCAUUGUUCCUUCAUUUGGGGGGGGGGUGAGAGAGGUGACGGCAGUAGCAGCAUCUUGCCCUUCCAGGUGCAAGAGACAGCAAAGGAGGAUGGAUGGGACCGUGCGAGACCUUCAAGCUGAUAGACCUGCAGUGUUGCUCUGUGCAUCUCUGCUCAAAGGUCCCACCGAGUUCAGUGCUGCUCACUGCUGAGGAAGCACACCUAAAAAUGUAUUCAGGGUUUAGUUCUAGGCCAGGACGGAGCAACUUUGGACAUGGCUGUGUUGCAGCCUCCUGGCUGGCUUGAGAUUUGGGCCGAGGCUGCCUGAUGUGGUGUUGCUGAGUUGUGGGAGGGAGCUGUGUCCAUAUGGUCAACUGCGUGCAUGCCUGUAUAUGUAGGUCUGCAUGCUGGCACAUGACCACCCUUGCCUGAAUUAACGUAUGAGAAUCUCUCCCCUCCCCGUGCCUAGUGCAGAAAUCCAAAUAAGCUGGUGGAGUUGGGACAGGGCACUCUGUCGCUCCUUGGACAGCCCCUUUGAGCGAAAGUCAGGGUAUUAGUGAUUCUUUCAGGCUUACUUGCUUUACAAGCCUGACAAUUCAGCUUAAAGCUGGCAGCCUGGCCCACUAGAACUCUUUUUGACCCAAAUUAUUUGUCUCGGCUUGUAUUUUUCUUUAUAUUUGGGACUGGACUAGGUAGUUAUAGCCAGCCAGCUAACUAUUAAACAGGCACUUUCCUCCCCAGUGCAGAAAAAAAAUUCAAAAAGCCAAAUCUUAAUUUUAUUUCAUUUAUACACUGCUUGAUUGUAAAACGCCCCCUCCCCGCAAGAAAAAACCUCAAAGCGGUUUCUGAAGACUGGGUGUUAAUAGGCUGCUAUAGCACUUGUAUUUAUAGAAUCCUGGGCUUAGUGUGACCUUGUUUUAAGACGCUCAAUUAUGUCUUCACUCUUUAUUUUCCCACAUGCUACAGUGCAUCUAACUGCAAAUGGUAGCCCAAGCCAUAGGCAACAGUGAGACACAUUCUCUCCCCCCCCCCCAAAAAUCUAGCCUUUCAGAUUGAUGUUUCCGCAGGGGAGGCAUAGAAAUAAAUGUUUGAAAUGGCAGUUUAAAACCUGCCUUCCACCACUCUCUGCACUGCAGCAGCCUUGCAGCCUUUUAAACUUAAUUGCACUUUAAAACAAAGCACCUGGCAAAUGUUAAGUCGCGUAAAGGUAUGUGUGGCAAUUUCUUUGAGACGCAGCUGCCUCAACCAAACCAUAGUGGGAGAGGGAGAGGCUGGUUAAAGUAGCCUUGGGGUCGCUGGCGUGUCUGCCUUUGCCAAAGGAAGGAAGAAGAACGGUUGCUGUUUUGAUGCACCUCCCUGAACACCCAGCGUAAACUCUUGUGCUUGAAUCCUGCCUUGCUGGUUUCCCAUUAGGGCAUCUGGCUGCCCACUGUGAGGACAGGAUUCUGGAUUAGGUGAGCCGUGGGCCUGAUCCUGCAGGGAUGGGCUCUGUUUUAAUCUAACAGCAGCAAAGUAGGACUGCUAAGUCUAGGGUGCCUCUGCCCUCCGCAAGCAUGAAAAGGAAGGAGCUGUAACAUCUGAACAUUUUAUUUAUUUAAGACUGCGUGUCUUCGAUGGUUUGCCCUGAGAACAGGAAGGAAUCUGACCUCGAAAUAACACAAACUAGGGAGGAAUAAAUACAAAAGCUUGAAGGAAUGGUGAUGACUUUGUUACAGCCCUUGUGGUUUGGAGUGCUGUGGAAGAAAGGUUUUGGCCCCUUCUCUAACUACCGUUGUAUUUAUAGAUAUGUUUCGGCCAGCAGCACCCUGGAGGACUGGAAUGAGAAAUUAACCCAAUCAGAAGCGUGAGUGUCUUAACCUUCAGCCUAAAGCACGUUCCCUUAUUCCAAUAGCAUCCUGCAACUAACAGUUCCUUCCCUGCACUAACUGCCUUCCUGCUUGGUCUCCAUUCUCUAAACGCCGUUUGUUUUGCUGACUAAUUAGGGAUAGUGGGAGAAGGAUGACUUAGACUCUGCAGCUUACUGCGUGGCAGCUUUCUCUAUGAUCCCAUGAAUUUAUCUGUGAUAUCCUUGCCACCCUGACAUUUGCCCAUUGCUCUUUGGCAGUAAACACCUUCGCCUGCUUCUGUGCUUCCUUUGGAUAGGCCUUGUUCAGGUUAAUGCGCAGCUUAAGCUUGCAAAUGAUUAUUGCUUGUGGACUGCGGUUCUGUGGGAGUGCAAAAUGUAAUCCAGAAUGUAAUAGUGGGACCAGAAUCCUGAGGUUCUCUUCUUUUAAUUAAUUUUUCUAAAUGCAUGAAUUCUAGCCCUUAGGGGUGUAAAAAAAAGUUUGAAAGUAUGUGGGCAGCGUUUCUGAAAUUUCAGCAGCCAGAGAACUUCAGUGACUGUACUCCACCCAUGACUAGCAAAGCAGAAUAAAUCCUGCAAACAAGGAAAAAGAACCCACAGUAUACUGCAAAGAUAGAAAUGGUUGCAAAUGGCAUAGUUUUGCAAGUUGUAGAAUGCAUUUUUUCUUGGUGCAGAAUUUAGAUGGUAAGGGAAUGGAGUUUUGUUUUUUUUAACAGUUUUUGUAUUCAGUACGCUCACAGGGCCUUGCAGUGAACCCGACCAAGCACACUAAUGCUCCUAUGUGCAGCAUUACUGCAUAUAAAUUAAAGCGAGCUUAAGACAGGUGCAUUUUGUAACCCUUAGAUGGGGGUUCUGGAGAACCGUAGGUUCCCAAUCCUAGUUUCAACAGGAGGGCAGUGCAACAAUUUCCUUUGGUUCACCUUAUGUCUAGGAAACUUCUGGUUAUAGUCCUUAUAUGAUCUUACCGUAAUCAGCAUAUUUCUUCUGAUGUCCCCAGGAGCCACUUUUUAAGGAAAUUAGAGCCAGCUUCCAUAAUUCCUAACUGCAAGCAUGUGUGUGUCUCUCCCCAUUGAGUAUCCCCAUUGAAAUAAAUGGAAGUAAUAGAAGAACCCUGUAACUCUGAUUGCUUCCCGUUCAAUUCAAUGGAGCUGAUGAGGCAGGAAGAGUCCCUGUUGACUUGAAUUCAGAGAAGCUGAGGCUGGAAUGGAAUGCAUUUCUGCUUGCACACAUGUGAGGGGUGGGUGGGUUACUGAUUUCCAGUCCUGCUGUAGCACUUCAUUCAUUGAAUGCCACUCUGAAGGAUCUCCCAGUCCUCUGGAGUGGCUUUAUAGGAAGGAUAGGACUGCAUCAGAAAUAAGGAACUGGGAAAGGCCUAUCCUGCGAGAAGCUCCUUUGGAUUUACAGUCGUACCUCAGAAGUCAAACGCCUUGUGACUUGAACGUUUUGGCUCCCAAACGCCACAAACCCAGAAGUGAGUGUUCCAGUUUGCAAACGUCAUUUGGAACCCGAACGUCCAACGUGGCGUCCGAUUGGCUUAAGGAGCUUCCUGCAGCCAAUCAGAAGCCAUGCCUUGGUUUCUGAACGUUUUGGAAGUCGAAUGGACUUCUGGAAUGGAUUCCGUUCGACUUCAGAGGUACGACUGUAUAGUACUUGGCCUUAGUGACUUGUUUGUGGAGCUUGACCCUUCCUCUCCCCUCCCCACAACACUUGUCUGCUUUUGGAGUAUUUUAUUGUUUAACUCAUUGCCUCUCAGGGCUACUUGGCCUUUUUUCCUGUUACAAUUUUGGCUGGCUAGGGGGAAAUUCUGAGAGAGGAACUUGACCUUCAUUAAACUGAGAUUCAGUGCUACCUGCUUUCUCCCACGAAAGUGUAUAGUUACCUUGCUAUGCAUUGACAAACCCCAGCAGCUGCUUUGAGUUAACAGAAAGCCAUUUUCUUUGGUGGGGUUUAAUCAGAGUUUGUCCUGAGUUUAAUCUGAGUGGAAACCCCCUAGCAAAGCAGGAAGUUUUGCAAACUUCAGCUUCCUGACAACUUCAGCAGGAAGUCAACUUGGGUGGAAAGUUUCCGGAGUUGAAUUUUUAAACACCUCUAGUCAUGCUAUAAGGACGAGGACGGCGCUGUGGUCUAAACCACUGAGCCUCUUGGGCUUGCCGAUCAGAAGGUCGGCAGUUCAAAUCCCCGCAAUGGGGUGAGCUCCCGUUGCUCAGUCCAUGCUCCUGCGCACCUAACAGUUUGAAAGUACAUCAAAGUGCAAGUAGAUAAAUAGGUACUGCAGCAGCGGGAAGGUAAACAGUGUUUCCGUGUGCUGCUCUGGUUUGCCAGAAGCAGCUUAGUCAUGCUGGCCACAUGACCCAGAAAAACUGUCUGCGGACAAACGCCAGCUCCCUCGGCCAGUAAAGCGAGAUGAGCGUCGCAACCCCAGAGUCGUCUAUGACUGGACUUAACUUUCUUACCUUUUUUUAGUCAUGGCAUGCUAGCCUUCCUUUUCAGGCUUUUGUUAAGUACCAAUGCUUCACUGAAUUCGUUGACAAAUGAAUAGAAGGGUGGAGGUGUGCACCAGCCUUCCCCAACCCAGUGCCCUCCAGAUGUUUCAUACUGUAGCCUCCAUCAGCCCCAGCUAGCACAGAUCUGAGGCUGAAGAGAUCUUUGGUUCAAAAUAUUUGGAAGGCAUUGGCUUGUGGAAGGCUGUGUAUUACGGUAAAGGUAAAGGGACCACUAGGGGACGCGGGUGGCGCUGUGGGUAAAACCUCAGUGCCUAGGACUUGCCGAUCGCAUGGUCAGCGGUUCAAAUCCCCGCGGCGGGGUGAGCUCCCGUCUUUCGGUCCCAGCUCCUGCCCACCUAGCAGUUUGAAAGCACCCCUAAGUGCAAGUAGAUAAAUAGGUACCGCUUUAUAGCGGGAAGGUAAACGGCGUUUCCGUGUGCUGCGCUGGUGCUGGCUCGCCAGAGCAGCUUCGUCAUGCUGGCCACGUGAUCCGGAAGUGUCUCCGGACAGCGCUGGCCCCCAGCCUCUUAAGUGAGAUGGGCGCACAACCCUAGAGUCGGACACGACUGGCCCGUACGGGCAGGGGUACCUUUACCUUUACCUAAAGGGACCCCUGACCAUUAGGUCCAGUCGUGGCCGACUCUGGGGUUGUGGUGCUCAUCUUGCUUAAUUGGCUGAGGGAGCCGGCGUACAGCUUCUGCGUCAUGUGGCCAGCAUGACUAAGCUGCUUCUGGAGAACCAGAGCAGCGCACGGAAGUGCCGUUUACCUUCCCGCCGGAGCGGUACCUAUUUAUCUACUUGCACUUUGAUGUGCUUUUGAACUGCUAGGUUGGCAGAAGCAGGGACCGAGCAACGGGAGCUCACCCCGUUGCAGGGAUUCGAACCGCCGACCUUCUGAUCAGCAAGCCCUAGGCUCUGUGGUUUAACCCACAGUGCAUUGCAAGGCAAAUAUCUGUUCCCUAUAUUUCUAGGAAACUUCAGCUUCUGCUAAGACAGCUGGGGCUGCAGGGAAGGCACAAAGGCAGGAUGGGUUUUUGGGAGGCCUCAGCUGAAUAAGUAUUAUUCCAGAGGGGUGUGAGCAAAUACACGAGCUUUCUUGUCAGCACAGGAAGCAAAAUGUGGCUUCUGGGAUGCUUAGGGUAGAAGCAGCUUUUGUACAGUGCUUAAGGAGCUUCUGUGUUGCAUGUCAGAGCCAGAGAGAGAAAGUGUGUUUGAAAUAGUGCUGGGGCUUAGGGUUAGCGUUAAAAAAAACCCUAAUGUUUGAGUGAUACAGAGACCAGAUGCUGGUGGCCUACCCCUUCAGAUGAUUAUACCCCACGUUUUGGGGGACAAAUGGUUAGGAACUUGCUGGACUGUAAUCAGGGGGUGCUUUUGGUGUCAGGAUGAAGAAUAGGUACAGCUACACGACAGCUGGUCUUGCUAAGUCGUCCCCAGCCGACCCUUGCAGUAUCUUAACACCUAAUGCAGGGCAGGAGAAUGCUGAAGAAGACAAAUGCCAUUCACGUGCCCUUUUAAACAACUGAGGACCAACACCUGGGAUAGCUGCAGCCAUGUUUAAUGAAGCUGCCAAUGCUUUAAACAAGGAAGCAAGUAAAAUGGCCUGGUUGCUAGAUCGUGGGCUCCAGUUCAGCAUGUUACCAAGAUUCUGUCCCUGAACAGAUGGGAUUUUUUUUCACAUUUAAGCUGAACCUCCGCAUUGUUCCUGUUCUAGAUGUCCAUUGCUUCAAUGGAUACAGUUGGCUUUAAUUGAAAUGGACCUUCAAGUUCCAUUAAUAAGGUGUAACUCAAAAGAUGCAUGCUGAAUUUGUAGUGCAGAUCUUACCCAUUUGGCUCCCCUGCAGAGAAGGUUCUGCCUCUGUUAAUGCCCUUACAGUGGUACCUCUGGUUGCGAACGGGAUCCGUUCCGGAGGCCCGUUCACAACAUGAAAAGAGUGCAACCCGCAGCGGCAUGUCUACGCACGUACGUGUUGCGAUUUGCCGCUUCUGCGCAUGCGCGUGACGUCAUUUUGCUCUUCUGCGCAUGCGCGAGCGGCGAAACCCGGAAGUAACCCUUUCUGGUACUUCCGGGUCGCCAUGGGACGUAACCUGAAAAAACGUAACAUGAAGCGAAUGUAACAUGAGGUAUGACUGUAUUCUGCACAGACAGCACGCCUUGCCUAGAUUGACAGAUGGAAGAAGUUUAAUAUCUGCAGGGCAGUGUUUUUCAAGCUUGGGUCCGCAGCUGUCGUUGCACUACAACUCCCAUCAUCCCUAGUUAGCAGGACCUGUGGUCGGGGAUGAUGGAAGUUGUAAUCCAAGCUUGAGAAACACUGCUGUCGAGGAACUCUUGCUGGGACCAAGGCCUCCCUUUGAGUGAGAUGGUCAGCCUGCCUUUUGAGUGGCCCUCUUGAGGAUGCAGCUGUGGCUCACAUCUCACACCCUCUACAUAGAAAAUCGGGGUGUGGGCAGAGUCUAGCCUUCCUGGCAGGUUUGUUUUCAACAGGUGUGUUCCUACUGGAGCACUGCUUUUAGCUAUUAAGCUUCAAAGUGAGCACCCAUCUGUAAAUCUAAAGUAACCCAGGUUAUACACAAGAAUUGCCAGCCUCGAUGAGAACUGGGCACCUUCAGGAAGAAGGCUGCAGUGCAGAUUUAAUAAUUAGAAUUAAUUAAUUUUUUAAAGGAAGGAGCCAGAGGCCUGGGUUCAUGGGCGAGGAGGACAAGUCUUGCCUCUCCAUGGAGCACAGUCUGAGGCUUUCUCUCCAGCUUGGCUCUGAUACUAGAAGUGAUCUUAGCUAGCACACGAGAGCCCGGGGCAGUGAGUUUAUGAGGAUUCACUGUGCAACAGCUUACUUCGUUAGGAUAUGGAAUAUACUCACCACCAGCGAUGGCUGUUUGUAUACAAAAAAUGCUAUCCUAAUUAAUGGCAAUGCGAAUAGUCUUAUCUUGUACGUGGCUGAUGAGGGACAAGUCCCACUGAGUUUAGGUUGUUAGUGCAUGCAGAAUUCCAACGUUAACGAUCAGGGGAAGAUUUUAGAAGGUGCUUGGCUAUAAUCCUAUCUUUAAUCUGUUCCCUCUGUGCACUGAUUUUUUCUGGGGAUGUUAGUGGCUUGCUCAGUAGGGACUGAAAUACUGUGUUUAGAACUAAAACAUAAAGAUUGUGCCAUCUGAGUCUUUGGAUUGAUGGCAGAAAACUAUCCCAGAAAUGGGUACUUUAGUUCUUUGGAGUGUGUUGCUAUUGUCCCUGUUUUAAAAUAGCAAUGUUAAUGGUAACUGAUGGGAAACAUUUUCCUUACAUAGCAGAAGCAAGGCUGAUUCUUUUCUGAAUUAACUUGUCACUGUUAACUGUUCCUUCUAAAUUUCUAAUGCUGUCGCCAGCUGAAAGCUUUUUUUGCGGGGGCGAUGGGGGCUGCUUUGUAAUUCCUGUGUAGAUGAGAAAUCCUCUUUUUUAAUAUGGGUGCAAAGGAAAAGCAUGGGGGUUGUAAGGAGAACGAAUGCCCCAAAUGCAAUUUGACUGACUUGCAGUGAGAAAACGCUUCUAGCCCUGUGCAAUGAGAUUUUAUUUUUUAAAAAUCAGCACUGGUAGUAAAGGCAUACGUUAAAGAAACAACUUCGCUGCUUCUGUGCAAAAAGGCUUUAAAUCCAUCAUUGCACUGGGAACCAGCUGAACAACUUUCCAGCCAUUCUCACUUAUUCAUUGAAGUCUUUUAGUUUCAGUAAAUGCCUGUGAGGAUGUGUGCCAGUGUCACUUACAGCUGCGUAUGCCCUGUUUUAACCACAGCUGCAUGGUGUUUAGGAAUGAGGAGCCAUCGACGACCCUCAAGUGAUGCUUUCUCACAAUGAGACCCUGGUCAGAAGUGCCGCUGUCUCCCUUAUCCACAAGAGCCCUGUCUGCCAGACACCAGCUGCCUUUUCCCCUAGCGCCGCCUCGUCCUUCCUCCUUAAUUGCUGUCUUCAGCUGCUAACAAGCCUUGUUUUUCUUGCCUAGCUACAAGAAGACGCAGGAAACUCUCUCGCAGGCAGGGCAGAAGACUUCGGCUGCCCUUUCCAACGUGGGCUCUGUGAUCAGCCGGAAGCUUGGAGACAUGAGGUAAUUUCUGCGCUAUAUUUGCUUCAAAGGGAGAGGAAGUUGAGCAUGAACCCAGUGCAACAGUAGCAAUCAGUAUCUAACAGCCCUGGUUCCAGUUACAGGGGCGAGAGGUGCCGAAUGUUUGACUUUCUAUUUAACUUACAUUUUCUCUGAAGCCACGAAUGGCCUUUCCUUGGUGGCCUCUCCUUAAAAAAAUAAAAUAAUAAUGCCCUAUUGAUAUCUGAUAAAAGCAAUGUUCCCCUUAGUUCUGAGGAAUUUGCAGUUAGUGUUAUGCUGAUUUUAGAAGCAGGUCGCCCAGCGCCAGACGCUAUAAUGUAACAUAAACUGAUCUUUUAAACAAAUUCUUUGAUUUCUUUUCUUUUUUGCUUCACUGUUUUUCUGAGAUGAAAAACUACAGAGGAUUUUUUUGAUUUCUAUAAUGUCCUUUGCCUACACAUGUGCUUGUGUAAUACAACUACAGUAUAAGCAACUAAGUUUAGAACUUGUGUCCAGAACUUAAUAACACUUGUUUGGCAUAGAUUUCUCUGCUUGUUACACACCUAAUGUUUUAUAAGCUUGAUUAUUUAAAUGGUCAGUGGGGGGAACGACCCAUUUAACCCACUAGAUGGUCUAAUCCUGUUUGUUCAUGGGUUCAGUGAGAACUUGGGUUGUGGACUUACCCCGCCCCUCUUGGGAGUGCAGCAAGACCAAGUACCAAAAACUUUAUCGCUGGUUAACGCUUGUUUUGUGUUGUAUUUAUGUACUUAAGCCUAGAAUUUUCAUGUGUGUGUAAUAGUGAAUUUAUUCUCUGUUUGCCAAAUCGGUUUAGGCUUUUUAAAAAUUUUAAUUUACUGACAUGUUUUAUAUUUUGCAUAUUUGUAUUUCUAAGGCUCUAUAUUUCGAUGUUUGUUGUAAGCCAGUUUGGGCAAUCUCAUUAUGGAAAAGCUGCAUAUAAGUAAACAAUCAAAACAUCCCCUAAAUGUUUAGACUUUCACUAGAGUUCAGCUCUGUUGCAAAUUAUCUAUGUGCUCCAAACUUUGGUAGCCUGCAAUCAGGUGAUAGUUGUCUAGGGUUUGUUGACGGAUUCAGUUUCUGGUUUGGAAACUCAUUCAGCCUUCAUCUUAAACUGAGCUGGAGGUAGUCUAAAUACAGGGCUAAAAGCCGAAAAGAAGCCUAACGCUACAUUUCCCCAUGAAGACACAUGGGGAAGUCUUAUUUAAAUUCUGUAUCCCCAUUUAAUGGCACCAUUAGCACUGACUUGCAACAAGUGAAGUUGCCACUUUGGUUUGGUCAAGAGAAUAUGGAAGGAAGUUAUCCAAGGUUCACAGGGUAUGUUCACACUUAUUUGUGAAAUGCAGGACAGCAAAUGAUUCCCCUUCAAUCCUUAUUCUUGAGAAUUUUUAUAAAUGCAAGCUGUGUUAUGCUACACUAUAUUAUAUACAUCAACUGCUUAAUGUGUUAAUAGUACUUAAUGUAGAAUUGAGCCCUUGUAUUCACUGCAACAUUGAUUCUUCUCAGACAUUCUCCAUUCCCUCUCUGGCUGGGAAUAUCUGGGUGGUAAGCGCUUGAUAUAAACUCUGAUCACAUAAUAGCACUUUCAGGACUAUCGCCACCCCUAGUACAUUGUGGUUAUGUGUGUGUGUAUGUGUGUGUGUUGUUCUUCGAGUUAGCAGAUAGCACCGUUUUCUUACCAAAAGCAACAUGCUUGCUUUAAAUGUCCCAGAGAAUUAUUUCAUAAAUGUCUUGAUAACAUUUUCCUGGAAACUGAUACAGCUUGCAAACAAGAACCAUGCCUCCCCCCCCCCCCCAUCCUAGCAAACCUAGUUUGCUAUUUUAGUUUUGCAUGGUCGACUUCCUGAAAUUCACAAAUUGCAAUGUGGCAUCUACAGUGUGAAUAGCAAAGACAUUGAUUAGAUCUCUCUGUGUGUGUUUUAAAGCAGCAUUUAAAUGUUCAUGCAAGUUAUCAAACCUUUGAACCACAAAGCAGUGGUCCUUAAAAAAGCAACGUAUUUGUCAUCAGAGUACAGAGUCACUGUGGCCAAAUCACACAGGAUCUGAAAGAAAGUAGGAAUAGAACUCGUAGCUAGGCUAAUGAAGAGGAUGAACCUUGUGGAGAAGGCAGAGCAGGCCCCUGUACCACUUAGAGUAAUGUGAUAAAUGGAGACUUUGGUGGUUUAUCCUCAAAGAGAAUGAACUUUCAAUCCACAUCAUAACAAAGGUGUGGUUGAAACUUAGUUAGGACAGAUAAUUUGUGGUCUCCUCUUCCCCACACCCUGGUAAUGUCUAGUUAAAUGUCAGUAAAGUACUGCUGCGUGUGAUUUUCUCUGCCCCAGAUAGCAGCAGUCAAACAAGUGGGAGAAAGAAGCUGCCUCCUUCUGCAGGGUCUCAUCCUGAUGUCCAUAGAGGCUCUUUUCCUAGUCCUUACCGAACCAGUUCCCUCAAAUGAAAGGCAGACUUGUGCCACAAAGCUUGACUUAUGUGAUCAGAGACUAAAAGGAGUGAAACUGGUGUUUUGCAGUGAACCUCUUUCCUUUGGGCAGAAGAGGUUUUUUCCUCUCUGUUCAGCCUCGUUCAUCUUUGUCAUGUGCCUUAGAGAUUCUGCUCUUUUUAUACUAUCCUCUUAAGAAGCAAACCACAUUCCGUUGUUUUGCUGGUGUGCUUUGAAGUGUGUUCAUGAAUGAAACUUUCCACCUUGGCUGCUCCAAGUAAGGGGAAAGGUAAUUGAUGAAGGGACAAGGUCUUGGUCAGGUCUAAGCAACAAUAAUCUCCUUGAACUCGCAGACACCUGCUGGAUAAGCCUUCAACCUCGACGCAUUGCCUGUAUAUUUUCUAUAGUAUCUAAUCUGAUUUAACUUCCUCAGGGUCCAGCUUGAUAAGUGUAGUCACACUCCAGUUCCACUGAAAUAAAUGGAACUAAACUGUGACAUAACUUCCUCUGGAUCCAACCCAUCUUAGCUAGCUAACUGUUGUGAAAAGCCCCAGUAGAGACGCCUCUGCUAAUUUUUUUUUUAAUGAAUGGAAUUAACGGCCUUGCAGCAUUGGCAAAUGGCAUGGUUUUCACGAUCCCUCUUGAAAACAAGGGGCCACUAUCAUCAAAUGUACAAUGCAAAUUGGGCCAAAUCGCACUGGGCUUUUUUGGAUGCGAGAUUUCAUAACAGCUGUUCUCCCAAUAUUCCUUUGGAACAGAGUCCUUUGGAAUCUCAGUCCUCUUAACUCUGACACUGCUGCACUCAAUUUCUGGCUACCAGACCUUGGCUUGCAUUUUCUCCUUGCUGCUCUACAGCUUGUGAGGAAUCGGGGGCAGAAAAAGAUGCUUUGACCAUGCUGCCAAAUCCCACUCACAUGACUUAAGAGAAGCGGUUAAGGAUCUAAACCAGGGGUCAGCAACCUUUUUCAGCUGUGGGCCGGUCCACUGUCCCUCAGACCUUGUGGAGGGCCAAACUAUAUAUAUUUGGGGGGAGGAUGAACGAAUUCCUAUGCCCCACAAAUAACCCAGAGAUGCAUUUUAAAUAAAAGGACACAUUCUACUCAUGUAAAAACACGCUGAUUCCCAAACCGUCCACGGGCCGGAUUGAGAAGGCGAUUGGGCCGCAUCUGGCCCACGGGCCUUAGGUUGCCUACCCCUCAUCUAAACUCUUCUGUUUUGUUAGGGUGUCCUUGUACAAUGGUGUCAGUCCUUUCCAAAAUCCAUAUUUGGGCAGUGUGUCUUAUUAAAGCCUGAACUGAAAUUUCUCAAAAUCGUGCACAGGAUUUUAGGGGUCGGGAGAAUGAUGAGAAACGUGAAGAAAUAAUAAUAGUAAUAACUCUGUAUUUUGAAGCCUUGAGGUCUGCAUUUAGACACUCAUCUGAAGAUGCAGAUGGACUCGGGUAUCAGGUUGCCUGUAGGAUUCUGGGAUGAAGAAGCACAUGCUGGUUCCUGGCCAUGAAAGAGAGAGCCCGGCUGUUACCAAUAUCUGUUUCGUGCCUUAAGCAAAAAUACACACACAUUCCUGGCUUGAAAGGAAGUGUAAAGAGAAAUAUAGCAGCCCUUACAUACAGUGGUACCUCGGGUUACAAACUUAAUUUGUUCCGGAAGUCUCUUCUUAACCCGAAGGGUUCUUAACCCGUGGCACGCAUUCCCUACAUAGGCCUCCCUCAGCCUCUGAAGCGGAUUGCGUUCGCAUCCCAGGGCAAAGUUUGCAACCCGGGAUACCUACUUCUGAGUCUGUGGAGUUCAUAAACCGAAGCGUUCAUACGCAGGACUGUUGGUAACCCGAGUUACCACUGUAUUGGCAAAGCUGGAGAUUAAUUUUUGGUGGUGUACUAAGUAAAAGUCAAUUGAACCCAGAGAGUGUGUUAUGCAUUUGUGGCUGGAGGACAUGCAGCCCUUGAAAUGCAAAGCCCCUCUCUACAAAGUUGAAAAUCAUUAUCUGAUUGUAGAUUUCUACCCUGAAGGGCUGGAUACAGAAUUCUCCAUAGCACAUUAAAAUGAAACCCCCCUCUCUCUAGCCUCUUAGGGAGGUGGAGGUUUUCACUCUCCAGGCAGAAUUUACACAGUAGUUCAUCACACUUGCGUCUGAGAUGCUUUUUCUCUCUUUUCUGGGAUCAACUCCCUGCUGUGUGAUCUGUGGGUCUGGUAAAAUUGACCCACUGGCCACAUAGUAAAUACAGGUGGAUUAAAGGAGUCAGGUUUAACCAGUUAGCAGUGCCUCUGGAUAAAAAGUUGGCAAGCGUAUCUGUUUACCUAUGAGGGUUUGCCACAUGCUUAAUGAUGUAAUAAACGGCAAGUUAAUUUAGCGUGGCUUAAUGCUCGCAUGGUCAGUGCCCAGUGCCAGGAAUAUAGCAGGGCUGGAGCUUGGAGUGGCAAGGAAUCUGCUUUGCAUGCAUUAGCUACGAGGUUCAAUCCUGAGCAUCUCCAUGUAGGGCUGGGAAUGUACCCCACCCGAAAUCUUGGAGAGCUGCUGCCAGUCUGUGAAGACAAUGCUGGACUCGGUGUACCAAUGGUCUGACUCUGUAUAAGACAGCUUCCUAUGUUCCUAACCUCUCCUGAAAUCACUGCUUGCUCUCUAUCUGUUAGUCUUUAGAUGGGUUCCUUUGGGAUCUCUUAAGUGUUGUGUUGUACUGGUUGGUGUGGGAAUUUGCAACUAAUCGCCUCUUUCACUACUUUCCUUUCCUGCUGCCAUUGGAAUCUUCCAGGGCCCACCCCUUCUCACAUUCCUUUAGGUAAGGCUCUGUUCAAGAGGGAUAUCUGCAAGGAAUCUGGUUAAACAAGGUUGUUUUCCGAGGCAUACACAUGAGCCUCACUUUCAGUUGAAAGGAAAGGGAUUGGGAACCACAAAUGGCCACAUAACACUCCCGCCCUCCAGAGCCAUUUAUAGAUGCUGCCAGUAUCUUUCCAAUGAGCUCAAAGCCAAAAGCUUCUGGUUUUCCCUCUUAAAAAAGGAGAGGUUAUUGGUUGCUUAAUGUCUCACGCAUACAUGCUCCCAAAUGCCUUUUUGGGGUGGUCAUGUUAAACGCAAGAACUGGUUUGACACAACAGAAGAGCCUGAACAGCUUUCCUUUGGCUUCGUUCCGCAACUUGGCUCAGAUAGGGGCCAGAUAAGACACUUGAGAACAACAGCCAGUUGGCCUACAAUAGAUGGUACUGGGCAAACUGGACCUUUGCUCCUCCCCAGACAAAGGCAGAUUUUUUACAACAAAGUGUCACAACUAUGCGGGUUCAUUACAUGCUUGGUGGGGGCUUUUACCUGCUCUCCUUUUCCACCGAUGGCUUUAGACCGAAGGCAAGUUGCCGAGUUCGGAAACCUAGUGCCGCAAAGGCCAUCUGAAUGCCUCCUUCCCACUUUGCUGUGUCGACAGCAUUGUGUGCUGCCCUGCCUCUCCCCCCCCUUUUUUUUUUAAACAGAGGCCACUCCAGGGCUUGGUUGCGGGCCAGAUGCGUCUCUUGGGCAAAGCACAGUAUUAAAAGGCUUUCCCUUGAAUUAAAAUGAAUUGGUGCUUGUGUGGGCGGCUUUGGCUUUUUGACCAGAGGCAGUAUUGCUGCAGUUCAACAUCCAGCCUGCUCCUGUAAUGUGGGAUGCUGGACUUUAAGCUCCUCUGGGUGGUGACAAGUCCUGUUCAUGUUGCCCUUCAACAGAAGAGGGGAACCUGGUGUCUGCAGACCCCACCACCGAUCCCUAGCCACUGGUUGCUUUGGAUAGGUCUGAAUUGGAGUUGUAGACUGGAGGGCUGUGUGUCUGUCACGCUUGCUCUCUAAGGUGCGGCAACACCAGUGGAUGCUUUGAGUCUGGGGUCCCCAACCCAUUUAAGCCCAGGAGCACAUUUGGGAAUCGAAAACGGCUGCGGGUGCCACAAAAUACCCAUUUCGCAGGAGGAAAACGGGCAAUGCUCAGAGCCUUUCACUCCCCAAAAGACCCAGGCUAAACCCCUACAUGGGACGCGGGUGGCACUGUGGAUUAAACCACAGAGCCCAGGGCUUGCCGAUCAGAAGGUCGGCGGUUCGAAUCCCCGCGACAGGGUGAGCUCCCGUUGCUCGGUCCCUGCUUCUGCCAACCUAGCAGUUCGGAAGCACAAAGUAUAAGUAGAUAAAUAGGUACUGCUCAGGCGGGAAGGUAAACGGCGUUUCCGUGUGUUGCUCUGGUUUCACCAGAAGCGGCUUAGUCAUGCUAGCCACAUGACCCAGAAAAACUGUCUGCGGGCAAACGCCGGCUCCCUUGGCCUGUAAAGCGAGAUGAGCGCCGCAACCCCAGAGUCAUCCGCAACUGGACCUAAUGGUCAGGGGUCCCUUUACCUUUAAACCCCUACAUAGCCCAAAAAGCAGACCAUCCUCCAAGAAGCAAAGAACCCCCCCUCCAGACCCCUCCUGGGAUGUUUUAGUGCCCAAGGGUACCAUAUUGGGGGACCCCAGCUUUAGAUACUUCUUUUCCCAGGCUGAUUUGAAUUGAGAUCAGCAGUGGCAUUUUGUAUCUAUUUACUAGUCAACAGGCAGCCUGGCUGUUUGGGCAGAGCAGUAGAUUCCUUUGCUUUUAGUUAUAAACCUCUGGCACACUUUGGAGGGGCCGUUUCUUUCUAGGGUGGCGGAUUUCAGAACCUCGGAGGGCCUGCUUGUAAAAGGUUGCAUUUUCAGCUGUGGAGGCCUGUCGAGGAAGGAACAGAGGAGCUAUGCAAUUUGCGCCCCCAAAACACAGUUCUGCACAAAGGAAGUCUCCCAAAAUGCUUUGCAGUUUUGUCAUGGCGCUGUGUGGAUGGGGUCAGCUGGGUGUGGCGGCUUCCAGGGUUUUAACUGCUUCUAAUAUAUUCCUCCUUUCUCCUUAAUGCUUCCGAGUAGCAGCUACUCCAUUCGUCACUCGAUAAGUAUGCCAGCUAUGAGGUAAAGUAGCAAAAGCCCCGUCUCUUUUGCAAGUCCCAUAUUUGCCUAAGGGUGAAUUCUAUCUCUGCUAAAUGUGUGUGUGGGGGGGGGUGGCACAGCAAUGUGACCCCUCAGAGGGAAAAAGAUCGUGUACUGUGAAUUGUUAAUAAUUUGGAUAUUUAUGUUCUGCCCGUCAACAAGGUUUUCACGGCGGCUAACAAACAUGCAGUUACAAACAUUGCGAAAUAUAAAAUACAGGAUAAAAGUGCAAAUCCAUAAAAAUGUGAGCGGUUGCAAAUCCUGUGGCACAGAGACAAAAAAUGACAGCAAGAAAAUGAAGGUAUCUGACUGGUGCUUAAAAUACAUUGAAGGAAGUGCCAGGCAAGGUGCUCUGCGGAGGGUGUUGCGAAGUCCUGGUAUCACCACCAAAAAGCCCCUCUCCUCUUCCCCCAUCUCCAAACAGCCACUUGCCACCCUCAGGACCCAGUUAGAUUGCUUUGCUUUUAAAAUAUUUCAUUCUGUCUUGCCUGCUGCAAAAGAACAGUGGGGUGGCCGGUCAGUGGAUAUUAAUAGGAAUGAAUCUUCAGUCUAUAAAUAUUAACUAAGGCAGUUCCCCAAAUCAGCUUUAUGUAGACAAUGCUUUUUAAAAAAUCAACCCACAAAUGUGGUUCUGUGCGAUGGAUCACUUUCAACUGGUGGGCCUGGCAAACUACUUUUUCAGAAUCAAUCACUGUCCACUUGAAACAAAAUAAAAAAAUUCCUUCCAGUAGCACCUUAGAGACCAACUAAGUUUGUUAUUGGUAUGAGCUUUUGUGUGCAUUCACACUUCUUCAGAUACACUGAAACAGAAGUCGCCAGAGCUGAAUGAGUGCUAACAUCAAGGCUGAUGAAACUACUUUUAAGCUCCUGUGUUUGAUGGCUGGUUCACAUUGUAUUAUACAGUUCUAGUUUUUGGAAAUGGCCAUUGCAGAGCUUUCUUAUGGCUCAAGGACACAUCUACGGGGACAUCUUCUCAACCAUGACUAAGUCUAUUUCGAUAGCUGGUGCCUUGGCCUGCUUUGAAAGCAGGAUAGGCUGAGAGAUCAUGACUUGCCCGUGGGCUUUGCGGCCAGGGGAUUUGAAGCAAGGUAUCUCGGGCCCAUAGCCAUGUGGCAUAAUGGUCAGAUUGUUAGACUGGGACCUGGGAGAGCAGGGUUUGAAUCUCCACUCAGCCAUGAAGCUCACUGGGUGACCUUGGACCAGUCAUUGUCUCCUAGCCUAACCUACCUCACAGGGUUGUCGUGAGGAUGGAAUGAAAUGUGGAGAACCAUGGACACCACCUUGAGAUCCUUGGAAGAGAGAGGUGGUAUAUAAAUGUAAUAAACAAAUAUAUUCUAUCAGUUACACCAUCUCAGCCUACUUUGGGAACUUGACUUUUUAGUUAUGAAAGUUUGGCAGCUUAUCUUGGUAAGCUAUCCUCCAAACCGAGCUAACGGAAGACGACUGGAGGCAAUUGAGAUACUUUUGAACUAAUUCCACUGAAUUUUUUGUGUGUGUUCCCGGGUCUCUUGAUAUUUGAUUUUUCUCUUUUUCAUUUUGGGGAGGAGGGGACGUUGUGUAGGUGUGUGUGUGUGUGUGUGUGUGCUACUUUAGGAUGUUCUCUGGUUGGAACCCCAAAUUCAAAGCUGCCAAGUAGUUUUUUAUAUUGACUUCCUCUGCAGUUGGGUGCACGUUGAUUUCUCUGAAACAGGUUGGUGAAUGUUGGUAGCAGAACCAGGAAUUUGCAGCAGCUGUGGUUGAGCCAAACUUUUCAGGGGCCAUGAGUGCUUUGGGGGGGUCUGUAGAUGUUUCUCCACCAGCAAAGCUAGCUGCCUGCCUCAAAACGGAAUUCAAGUUUCUAAUAUGCCUGUGCAGUUUUAUUUUCUCACUUGCUUCUUCCUCUUUUUCCUUUAAGAAAUUCUGCAACCUUCAAGUCUUUUGAAGACCGCGUUGGAACCAUAAAGGUAAUUUCCCUCCCGUGACACAGUACGAAGCCACGAUGUUUUUAGGAUCGACACGUUUCUGCUAGACAAGCAAGAUGCCCACUGUCAUAACUGGCUGGGUGUGUGCAACGGAAGAGGUUGCAUAUUGCAAAACCAGGGAGAGAGACACAUGAGUGAAUGAAAAGCCUCCUUGGAUGAGAAAGGGGGUGUAGGUGGGGGCAGCCGCCUCUGCCAUUAAGAACCUGUCCUCCUGUCCGCUGAGUCCCAUCCUGUUUUUAUAUUGCUUGGUCACACUCUAGUGUGAGGGAACUGGGAACUGGCUUCUGUACAAAGGUUUGUGCACAGGAAAGUAGAAUGUGGGGAGGGCAAGGGUUCAAACGAUGCUUGAAGUGAAGGACACGAGGCAGGAGUUGGUAAUGCAGGUGAGCUGUUCAUAAGCAAGCUCCCAGCUAGCUCUGCCUAGGCUCUUUUUAUUAGCACACUAUGCAAAACCAGUCAGAUACAUUUUGGACUGUGACCUUUACACAUCUUCCAAUCCUGAGAUCGAGGGGUGGUACAAAGUUAUUUUGGCACCUGUUUCCACCGCGUCAUUUUCCGCUUGAACAAUGUACAGUGGUACCUCGGGUUACAGGCGCUUCAGGUUACAUACGCUUCAGGUUACAGACUCCGCUAAGCCAGAAUAGUACCUCGGGUUAAGAACUUUGCUUCAGGAUGAGAACAAAAAUUGUGUGGCGGCAUGGCGGCAGCGGGAGGCGCCAUUAGAUAAAGUGGUGCUUCAGGUUAAGAACAGUUUCAGGUUAAGAACAGACCUCCGGAACGAAUUAAGUACUUAACCCGAAGUACCACUGUAUAACGAAGGGGACAAAGGUCACAGACAGGGCACAGCAGACCACUAAGAGAGCAAAGGUUAGAUAGAGGGCAUGAUGUUCAGACAGCUGUGGCUUGUCUGUGGGUGGAAGUGUGCUCCACACCCAACGGUCCUUCCUUCAGACGCUGGGUGGAAUUCAAUGCGCUAUUACAAACGUUCCAAUCAUGCAAGCAGUUCAGCUUGCCAGCUGCAAUGGUCCUCCCUCUCCUCUCCCCGUGCUGUGUUCUGGGGGCACACCUCACCCCAAUCCAAUUUCGGGGGGAGCAGAAGGGAGGGGAAGCUCCCUCGCACAACUGGAAGUUGUUGCACAGGGCCUCUGCUGACGGGGUUCUUCAUGCGAGUCCCGCCCACUGCUUCCUGCUCUCACCUGUUCCCAUUCCUUCUUUUUCGUCCAGUCCAAAGUUGUGGGCGGCAAAGACAACGGCACCGAUGAGCUCCACUCCCCAUCAGCAUCUGGCGACAAGCCCUCCCAAGACAACGCGCCUUUCUAA